AUGUCGUACUGUAAUAAAACAGGGCUGCUAUUGCCUAUCUUGGACGAAAGCAACUGGAAUCAAGGUUUUCGUGGAUUUCUCUAUUUGGCUGGAUUAUUAUAUUCUUUUUUGGGAGUUGCUAUCAUUGCAGAUAUUUUUAUGUGUGCUAUCGAAGUUAUUACUAGUCAAACGCGACGAAUUAAAAUUUCCGAUAAAGAUGGCAACAUGAAAGAAGUUGAAGUGCGCAUUUGGAAUGAUACAGUAGCCAAUUUAACCUUAAUGGCAUUAGGUUCCUCUGCACCAGAGAUUUUACUCUCAAUUAUUGAGAUUGUGGGGAAUAAUUUUAAAGCAGGCGAUUUAGGUCCGGGUACAAUUGUUGGUUCAGCCGCUUUUAAUCUGUUAGUGAUCACGGCAACGUGUAUUGUGGCAAUUCCUAAUCCAGAGGGAAGAAGAAUUAAAGGAAUUAAAGUUUUCGCUGUGACAGCAACAUUUAGUAUAUUUGCUUACCUUUGGCUAUACAUUGUAUUAGUUGCUCGUACGAAAAAUAUUGUCGAUUUAACGGAGGCAAUUAUUACCCUAUGCUUCUUUUUUGUCUUGGUCUUGAUCAGUUAUUUCGUUGAUCGUAAUUUUUUCUGUCCAAGAAAGGCCAGGCGAAUCUCCGAUACUGAAAAUGGACAUCUUGCUUUUGAUGAUAGUACUGGUCGCCUUGUGCCUGAUAGCUUUGAUAAAUCUUCGGCAAAUUCCUUCUUGAAGGCUGUUAAAACUAGAACUGAUAUUACCGCAGAAGAAGCCGCAAAAUUAGCUGCUGCCAAGUUACAAGAACAGGAGAAAAAAUCUUAUAUUUGGUAUCGUGUCGGAGCGGCUCGUCUGGUAUCUGGAUCUAAGCGUGUAACGCCAUUAUUAGAUGCUCGAUUGCAGAAGAUUUUUGACGAUAUUGAAAUGAAGAAUAAGAAAUUUUCUUCAACUGCCGAUGUUCGAGACGAUCCAGAAACUACAACACGAACCACUAUCGAAUUCACUACGGCUGCUUGUGCAGUUAUGGAAAAUGAAAAAAUGGUCAAAGUUGGCAUUUCAAGAACUGGAAAGCUGAACAACACAAUUAAAGUGAGAUACGAAACAUUGCCUGGAACUGCAGAACCGGAAAAAGACUAUAUACCACAAAAUGAUGUACUCGUAUUUGAGCCAAACGAAAAAAUUAAAUACGUAACUAUUCCAAUUGUUGACGACAACGAGUGGGAACCAGAUGAAAAUUUUUUCAUUCAAAUAUGGCUAGAAGGGUCCUAUGAUGAUGCCAUUAUUGGUGAAAAAAAUUCGACUGAAAUUACAAUUAUUAAUGACGAUGAGCCAGGUGAAAUUGCCUUUAAUAAAGCUAGCUAUUUAUUUAAAGAAAGUUGCGGUACUGCUAAAGUUGAGAUCGUUCGUAAAAAUGGUAGUGAUGGAACUAUUAGCGUCAAUUGGAAAACAAUUGACGGCUCGGCUAUCAAUGGCAAAGAUUAUCGAGGUGGUACCGGUAAAAUCGAAUUUCAGCAUGGUGAAAUGAGUAAAUUAAUCGAGAUUCCUCUGAUUGAUGAUGACAUUUUUGAAAAUGAUGAAACCUUCCAUAUUGAAUUAUUCGAUCCAAAUGGUGGUGCAAAAUUAGGUUCACGUACUAGAACAGCCUUAACUAUUGUUAAUGAUGACGUAUAUAAUUCAUUGCUGGAUAAAGUUGUGGCGCUAACGCGUAUUAAUGUCCAUCGUUUGAAACUGGGCUCUCAAAGUUGGGGAGAACAAUUCACUAAUGCAAUGACUGUUAAUGGUGGUGAUGUUGAGAAUGCAACAGGAAUGGAUUAUUUCUUGCAUUUCCUAACGUUUGGAUGGAAGGUUAUCUUUGCCAUCAUACCACCACCUUCGAUGCUAGGUGGUUGGCUUACUUUCAUCGCAUCGCUUGGCAUGAUCGGAUUUUUAACUGCUAUUGUUGGUGAUUUAGCAGGCAUAUUUGGCUGUAUUGUUGGUUUAAGAGAUGCAGUUACUGCCAUUACAUUUGUUGCAUUAGGCACAAGUUUACCCGAUUUGUUUGCUAGCAAAACAGCUGCUUUGAAUGAAAAAUAUGCCGAUAAUUCUAUUGGUAAUGUUACUGGUAGUAAUUCGGUCAAUGUCUUCCUUGGUUUAGGAUUACCAUGGCUCAUUGCUACUAUCUAUUGGAAUUCACAGAAUAAGGAAUUCGCUGUUCCUGCUGGUAAUCUUGCUUCGAGUGUCAUUUUAUUUACCAUCUGUGCUGUCAUUUGUAUUGCUCUUCUAAUGUUAAGAAGAAUAAUUCCAUCCUUUGGGGGUAGCGAAUUAGGCGGUCCAACCAAAUCUAAAUACAUUUCUGGCCUCCUUUUGGUUACAUUGUGGAUAGUCUAUGUUGUCAUAUCAUCAUUACAAGUCUAUCGCAUUAUUCCGCCCAUAGUCAAAACCUAA